GAACGCCGGUAUAACAGCCCUGUUUCCUUUAUUCUGAUCGAGUUGGCAGAACCAUGCAGUGGCAACGCUAAAUAAAAUGUCAGCUGUGUAGCAGAAUACGUUCGCGUUCCAUCUUUGCAAGCAAAGUUGGUAAUAAAAAGAUAAUCCUCACGGUUACAGUGGACAUUUAGCGCAACUUUUAGUAAAUAAAAGGAAACACCAGGAACAUGGGCGCUAGACAGUCUCGUGAGCCACGUUCCGUCUCAAUGGACAAUCCAACUCCAGCAGGUGUGAUCGAUAUAUCUGAUGAUGUAGUGAAGCGCCUGAAGCACGGCAUAACGCAGCAGGCUCGUGAACAUGCGUCUGUUGCCGAGGAAACUAAACCGCCUGCUAAGCCAGUAACACCGGUUCGCAAGCCAGCUGCAAAGGCAGCACCGCCAACAGUUGUUUACCAGAGCCCAACGCCCAUCUAUGUGCAGGGAGGAGGUCAUACAAUUAGCGCUGCUGAAGUACAACGCCAAAUGAAUCUAGAACUGCAGAAAAAUGACGAGCUUUGGCGGCAACGCAUGACACAGCUAGAGGAAAAUCUCAAAAAGACCAACACUAUUAUGGAAUCGGAGUAUGAAAAUGCGAUAGAUGGUGUGAGAAAGCGCUUUGUAAGCACAGCUGCGGCGCACAAAACACCACCAUGUCAAGAUUUGAAGGCACAGCUGCUCACCUGCUAUCGCUCUAAUCCUGGCGAGACAUUGAAGUGUAUGCAGGAGGUGGCGCAAUUUAAGCUUUGUGUCGAUCAGCACCGCAUCAAGAAGCUGGACGAGGAGGCCAUAGCACCAGAGUCCCAAAAAAUUGCAGCGACAGCUACUAGGUCAGCAGUUCCUGUGGCCAAAGCAGGUUAGCUCUCAUUCGUCGAUGCUACCUCUCUAAACUUGAUCCUGUUGACUUAGAAUACGUACACACUGUGUUUGUUGUAGAAUUAUUUAAAAAGAUUGAAAAAAACGAUUUAAAACAUUGUAAACCGUAAAGUGUACAACUGAAAAAUUAUAAAAUUAAUUUAACUAAAAUUCAGUUAUUCAACUUUAA